UCGGCCUCCCAAAGUGCUGGGAUUACAGGCGUAAGCCACCGCGCCAGGCCAACUAUAGGUUUCAAUAGCUUAACUUUUCUAAAAUUUGCUUACACAUAUAAACAUGCGUAUACUUUAAUUAUAUAUGUGUACAGGCACCAAUUAUAGCCUGUUGCUGUGAUUUCAAGUGUAAGCUUUAUGAAUAAUUUUCCAUGCCCCAUAAAAUGGAUAAAGCAUAAUGACUGUUAUUUCAUAACUUCCUCUUUUGGUGGACUAUCUUUUUGCAGAGGAAAAAAAAUAAUGUAACUAGAGAAGAGAGUUGAGCAGAGAACCGAGCUCUUUGAAGUGCUGGUAGUUUGUCUCAACCCGUGAAGCAGCUUAACAAGCAACUAUAACUAAGCAUAGAGGAAGAAAUGCCUGACACAUGGUAGACUGACUAGAAGUAUACAUUGAAUGUUUGUUGGUUAAAGGAAUGGAACAUGGACUUCACUCAUAGAGACCUUACUAUUUGGUUGAAGAGAUAAUGCAUACACAUGUGACAUGAAGCAGCAUGAUUUAUGGAACCAAAAAAGAGCCUGCAUCGCCAAGUCAAUCCUAAGCCAAAAGAACAAAGCUGGAGGCAUCACGCUACCUGACUUCAAACUAUACUACAAGGCUGCAGUAACCAAAACAGCAUGGUACUGGUACCAAAACAGAGAUAUAGAUCAAUGGAAUAGAACAGAGCCCUCAGAAAUAAUGUUGCAUAUGUACAACUAUCUCAUCUUUGACAAACCUGAGAAAAACAAGCAAUGGAGAAAGGAUUCCCUAUUUAAUAAAUGGUGCUGGGAAAACUGGCUAGCCGUAUGUAGAAAGCUGAAACUGGAUCCCUUCCUUACACCUUAUACAAAAAUUAAUUCAAGAUGGAUUAAAGACUUAAACGUUAGACCUAAAACCAUAAAAACCCUAGAAGAAAACCUAGGCAUUACCAUUCAGGACAUAGGCAUGGGCAAGGACUUCAUGUCUAAAACACCAAAAGCAAAGGCAACAAAAGCCAAAAUUGACAAAUGGGAUCUAAUUAAACUAAAGAGCUUCUGCACAGCAAAAGAAACUACCAUCAGAGUGAACAGGCAACCUACAAAAUGGGAGAAAAUUUUCGCAACCUACUCAUCUGACAAAGGGCUAAUAUCCAGAAUCUACAAUGAACUCCAACAAAUUUACAACAAAAAAACAAACAACCCCAUCAAAAAGUGGGUGAAGGAUAUGAACAGACACUUCUCAAAAGAAGACAUUUAUGCAACCAACAGACACAUGAAAAAAUGCUCAUCAUCACUGGCCAUCAGAGAAAUGCAAAUCAAAACCACAAUGAGAUACCAUCUCACACCAGUUAGAAUGGCAAUCAUUAAAAAGUCAGGAAACAACAGGUGCUGGAGAGGAUGUGGAGAAAUAGGAACACUUUUACACUGUUGGUGGGACUGUAAACUAGUUCAACCAUUGUGGAAAUCAGUGUGGCGAUUCCUCAGGGAUCUAGAACUAGGAAUACCAUUUGAUCCAGCCAUCCUAUUACUGGGUAUAUACCCAAAGGACUACACAUUCUUAUAAGCACUGACGUAAUACUUUCUCCUUCUGAAUAUUGAUAUGUGUUUGUUUGGCAUUACAAGGCAGAAUCUCAAAAAUUUUCUAAAUGACAUCUACAUUUAAUAAUUGCUGCAAAUAUUGUUGGGAGAACCAUGAGGUUGCAGUAGGGUUUUGUUUUGUUUUGUUUUUGAGAAGUUUUAAAAUUUGUCUUAUUUUGGAUUUUUUUCCCUUUAGUUAAAGAUUCAGAUGAAGACUGAGUCAGAAGAUAGGUUAAGCUUUCCUGCCUCUGCUCCAUUGGAAUGGGAUAGACGAAUUUCCUUGGGAUAGAUGGAGGCUACUUAUAUAGGAUGUUUAUACUGUAAGGCAAUUAAAUACUUUCUAAGUAGAUAUAAUUUCUGAAAGUAAAACAGAACCUAGAACCACAAGACUGCUAUUCCUAGCCCAGAUAAAUUAAUAUUAAUUCUAAACCACAAAGAUCUUCAUAAAGAUUGCUAGAUAUGAAGAUUUUUAUACCAUUGCUCAGUAAUACGUAUCAGGUUGUAUAACCUUGUGAUGAAGAAAUUUUCCUUCCCUAUUCGUCACUUACUGUUAGGUUCUCUGUAUUUGGAAAGUCUCCUUUUGUUACAGAUUUGAAGUUUAAAGAUGCAUCAUAAAGUCUAAAAGUAGGAAAUGCCCACAAAAUUUAACAUUAACAGUUGUAGAACAUAUUGAAUGCCUAAAAUACAGUGUCUGAGUGAUUAGAGGAAGAAAGUGGAAUAUUUCGAGAAUUUGACACACUCCUUAUCUUCCAAAUUGCUCAAAUCUGUUUCCUUGUAUCUAAACUCAAAGUUUAUGGUAAGGUCUAAACGGGCAUUGAGCCAGAUAGAAUGGAGAGAAUGAGAAGAAAAGAGGAAUCGACAGGGAAACAGCAGGAAUGGAAAAACUUUCUAAUUGUUAAUUGAUUACUAGAUGUAAGCCUCUAAAGAGGUAUUGAAAGAGGUUUUACAGCUUUUGCUUCAUUAUCCUUACCUUCAAAACCUUGGCUAAAUGUGUCCAGAGUAUUUUGAGCUCAGAGUAUGAGCUGAAAAGAGUAAUAUUUCAGAUACCUUAAUACAUUAUAUUUAGCCCUUCAUGUGGGAGUUACUGCAUUUUCACAUUAUGUACUUUAACACAACUUCAAACAUUUCCUAUAUUGAGUUUUUUUUUAAAAAGGCACUUCUGUUUAUGUAUUUCAAAUGUGUGUGGAUGCCACUACACAUUUUUCUAAGCACUGAGUUAAUAUUUUUCCUUCUGAAUAUUCACAUUUUUGUGGCACUACACACACAGACUCUUUGAAUAAUCAAACUAUUCACAAGCCAAUUCUAAGUUAGAAUAUCUUUGUAUUUUUGUUAUUUUUUUGUUAAUAGCAAGUACUUAUACCUUAAUAUUUGAGAAACAUACAGUUAAUAAAACAGAAGGAGGAGCAGCAAUAAGAUAAACUGGCUUUGCUUCACCAAAUUAUCUUGUUUUUAGACAAAUCCAAAUGGCAACAACCAUGCAUCUUUUCUCAAACUAAGAUUUUAUAAUAGAUGUUUUCAUUAUAACAACUUGUAUAUCUACAUUUCAUUUAUAUAAAAGGCAACUCUAAGCUCUGACCACAUUGAAAGUUACUUGUAACAAAGACUGGAUUGUAAUAUGAACACAUCUGGAUUUGGGGAAAUGUGUACAAAUAUGGCUGUAUGUAAAGGUAGUAGCAGUUUAUAGCUUUCCUUAUUAGACUUCUGUCUAUAUACUUCAGGCAGGAGUAGAAAAAGCCCACAGCAUAUUGAGCUAGUAUGUGUCCUUACUUGCUAAAACAAACAAACAAAAAAAGUAAAAACAAACUGUCCAUAAGUGCACACUCUUCUGUAAAGAAAAAUUCCUAUUUACAGUUAAAAUAUUUUAAAUUUUAAAACAACAUAAAAAUGUGAAUACAUUUUGGUUACUUUUUGGAAUAUUAAAGCAGAAUAGAUAAAUGUGUCUGUGUCGUUUCCUGGAAAAUCACUUGUUAGAAAACUCAUUUUGGUAAUCAUCUAGUAAUUCUAUAGUUAGCAAAAUUUUAUUUUAUAUUUCUAUAUUCAUAUUGCUAUGAAAAUUGUUCUUAAUUUAACAUGAAAAUAAUUCUUUUCAUUCACAUGUUAAUUUCCACACCUGUUUCUAUGAAAUCUUUGUUUUUAAUUUUUCUGAUUAAAAAAUGUUAUCUAGUUUAGCUUUGUAACUUAGAGUGAGAAAAGGCUAUGGUUUGUUCUCUGAAAUGCUUAACUUACUUUCAAACUGAUUAAAUCAGCCAAAUAAUUUGAAGGGUUUAGCUAUUAGAUGUCAAAUAAUUGCUUGAUUAACCUAUACUUCGUUUUUUCAACUGUUCUUUUGACAUAUUAACCUGCUUCAGUGCAGGGAACAAAUUUUUGAGGCUGGGGACAUGGUAGGUGUUUGUCGUAUUCGUCAAUUGAUUUAGAAACAAACUUAGUGUAACUAAGUAGGCAUAGCACACUCUUUAGUUACCCCAAGAAAGGUAUAUUUAGACUUGUUUAGUAAGCAGAGGUGGUAAUAGUCAACCAAGUAAGCAAAUAUAAGUAUGAAAUAGUUUGCCUUUAAACCCACUUGGCAGUGGAAAGAGCCAAAUGGAAAACUAGCUGACCACUCUGAUCCUGUUUGUCUUACACAGUAGUUAAGCUAAAUGCCACUCAGACAAUGAUUUAUUUAUUAAGGCAAAGAAAAUAUUUUUCUUUCCUAAAAUCGUAAUGUAAAAUAAUAAAUAUAGAGUACAUUUUGAAUCUGUGAUAGAAUCCUUGUUCCUUGCCAUAAUAUGUUAGGUUGCGUGGCUUUUUUUUAAAGGGACAAAAGCUGGAGAAUUCAUACGUUGUGUUAGCAAGAAAAAAUAGAUAAUGGAAGCAGGACUUUCCUGCCCCUUCCCUAAAGCUUCAAGUAAUUUGAAGCGUGAAAAAGAAAAUGAAACUUAAAAAAUCAGUGGAGAACAAUGUGCUUCCCUAGAAGCUCUUUUCAUUAUGAUAGCACUUAUUUCUAAGAAUGCUUCUGAAUAUGUAUCCCAGGCAAUUAAUGCAACGUACAUUUGUCUUUAAUGCUUUUCCAGUUUGAAGAUAUUUGUCCUCAGUGGCAGAAUAUAAAUAGGAGUUGAAUAGGUUUCUUUCUGUUCCAUUAUCUUUUCUUUUUACACUGCUUGCCCUAGCAGGGGCUAUCUUUUCCUUGUUUUUCCUCACCUUUUAAAUCCAGUUUUUGUUAUCUUUAGCAUUUUAUUCAACUUCAUUUUAUAUUUUGCUUUAGCAUUCUGGUUCUAUAAUGCUGCUUUAUCUUGUAUAUCACUCCGUACUUAUUAGGGUUUUUCCAUGUCUGCCAGUCACAUCUCUUGAGAAAUGAUUCUUACUUGAGAGGUAGUGAGAUUUUUCUUCCAGCUCAUAACCAGGAGAAAGGAAGACCUGCCUGAUUCCAUCUUUGGACUCAAGGAGCCCAUGAGAUAAAGGCUGUCUCAUAUGGUAGCAUCAGGCUUUUGUUUUGACAUAACUUUACCAUGCGUUUUCUAUAGUCUCCUUUCAUUACCUACUAAAACUUAUCCAAAUGCUUACAGAGAAUGGUUUUGUGCAAACUGCUUUGCUCUUGGCUGCUUAGUGGAGCCUUAUUUCCUGUAGUCUGUAACAGCUACUGCAAUGAGUAGAACUUAGAAUUCCACCUUAAAAUUGGGAUUCUUACAAAGUCCACCAAACCCAUGAGGAGUCCAUAUUUGAGUUUUGAGGAUAUUCAAAAGCCCUGAAAUGUUAUGUAAUUUCACGUGUACAGUUUUCUGGAGAGUGAGUCUGUAGCAUACAGAGGUGUUUGUGUCAUGCCUCACCAUAGUUUAAGAGCUGUUUAUAUGCAUUGUACAGAGCCCAAGGGUAUUCCGGAAACAGCAAAGAUAUGAAACCUUGGUUAUAGAGAAUUAGAGAAUUACUGUUCCAUGAGUGUGGAAUACAUUAUAUUAGACUAGAUGAGCUGGUGUAAAGGAGUCAUUGUAACAAAAGCAACAAAGGUUUCUUAUGCCUGUGGAAUAGCUGCCAUGGAGCUAAUUCCCAAGUGAUCCCUCCUGAGUUGUUUUUGUAGAAUCAUCUGGGCAGCUGUGCAUUGUAUUCAUGCUGAGGUGAUAGAUGAAUACUUUUCAGAAUGUGGACAUGUUAUGAUACAUUUCAGGAUCCUUUUACCUUGAAAACUAUAUUGCUGCCAUGUUGGAAAAAUAACACCUAGCAAGAAUGAUUAAUGUGGAAGGGUGCAUCUUUAAUCUGUGAUGAAGAGAAAUUAAUUUCAUCUUCACUCACCUCAAAUCCCUGUUCUAUGUAAUGGACAUUAGCAGAUCUAUAUUGUACUCAUGGCACCUAAAUAAAUUCAUACUAUUAAAGGGAGUUUUAGAUUUAUUACCUAUUAGAUGUAUUACUUAUCCAGGUUAAAUGAGAAUUUGGCUUUGCAAUGUGUAUUAGUUAUUUGGGUAAUGAAGUAACAAACAUUUUGAUGUUACUUUUCAAAAUGUAAAAUGUAAAUGAUUUAUAUUUGAAUUAUUAUAGACUCCAUAUGCUUAGCCUACAACAGAAGUUUGUAAUGUUUUAUUUUUAAGAAAAGUUACACUUUGGGAAGGGUGAUCCAUGGAGGCAGAAUGUACCAAACUGCCUAGAGGAAAUGUUUUUAUUUUUCCUAGAGAAAAGCAUAACGAUUGGAGUAGCCACCAAUAGUUAGGCUUUUUAUCCAUAUUAUCAGGGCAUUAAAUUUUUUGGCAUAUAAAAUAACCCUUUAUCCUCAGAAGUUGUUGCUUCUGGGUUUUUGCCUGACUAGAGAGUUACAGAAAGAUAAUUGAAAAUAAAAUGUAUGCAGUUUGAAAAAUAUUCAAACUAAAUUCAGAUUGGUUUUUAGAAGUUACAUUUGUAAAAAAUCACACUUGAUUGCCAUUUAAAAACCAUCAAACUUCAGGUGUGGGUUUAAUGACAAUACUAUAGAACAACAUAUCUUAGAAAAAGAAACUACAUGGCAAAUAGAUUGCAAUGAGCAUAUUUAACAUCCUUUUAGGCAGCCUGUCACAGUGCUGGUUAGUGACCAAGUCAGACAGGCAUUUAAGCAGGUCAUUUCCAACAUUCACUGGCAGGUGCAGGUUUUAUAUGAUGUUUGUUUUCCAACUUUUGAUUUUAAAACUUUGAAAUCUUAAUUUGCAGAGAACAUUCUUGCCUGAUAAAACAGACAUUCUUUUGUGUUGCUUUGAAAUGUUCACUUUUAUAAACCUAUGCUGUCCGGAGUUUGUAUUUCCAAACUUUGUACCAUUAGAUAGGCUGUGGUCCUGAGUGGGCCAGUUGUUUGAGUAUUGCUUGCAGAUUUGAUUCCUCAAUGGAAAUGUUCCCGUAAAGCUUAUUCAGAUAAUUAUUAUUUAUUCUUUAAGCAUGAAAAGAAGGUCAAAUAACUAUGGUGUAAUUUUCAGAAUUAUUUACACUUUAUGUGUAACACAAGAGAGAUUAUACAUCCCUAGUAGAAAUCUCAGGAAAAGAACCCUUUCCAUUUGGUAGCAAUACUUAGUUUUGAGAUGUGAUUUGCAUCUUUGCUGUAAUUUGAAAGACAAAUGGCUUAAGGUGCAUGUUUUUAAAUGAAGUUUGAGGUAUUUUUAAAAAUAUGCCUUUUAAAAAAAUAUUUCUUCUCGUAUUUAGGCCUCUCUUACAUUAAAUCUUUGAGAGCCAUUGUUUCCUUAAGUAAAUAAGGUACUUCUUUAAUCCUCUCUGAGAGUGGGGAAAAUGCCCACAGGGUAUAGAGAAAGGAAGGACUGGUACUCUCAGAUACUUUGUAAUAUUUUAGUUCUUUGAUUUAAAAAAAUCACUCUCCUCUUUCUUAACAACUGCUUUCUUUCAUCUAAAUUAGACAUUAGAUGUUAAAAUCUUCAUGGAUUUUAAUUAUAUCAAAUCAUGCUAUUUCUGGAUAAUUAAUGAUGGACAAUUAAUACUAAUGUAUUAAUUGAAGUAUUCUAUGCAGUACCUUUUUACAUGUUGGGUAACUCUACCCUCAACUGAUAAAGGAAUAAAUAAUUUUAAAUUUCAUAGUCAUAGGAUAUUUUCAUUUUAUGCAUAAUAAAUCAAGACACAUGCUAAUAGAUUGAUACUUUCAAAAA